UUUUUUUACCAACACUAUCUACUUGGCUUGAACAUUUUUUUUUGUAUGUAUACCUUCCUUAAAGGAUUUGAAAACUACUAAUUGUCAAUUAGACAUAAUUAUAAACUAACAAAAUGUGACAUUAAAAAUUGAAAAUCUAUCUCAAGCAGAACUAAAUCAAGCUCGAAAACAUCUAAUCAAGUAAACAUGGCCUAUAAUGGCCUUUUCAGUAUCUACAUAAAUGUGUUUACGCAGUAUCAGAAAUAUUCACAUAUAAUCGGUGGACAUAUCUUCGAACAAAGUCAAUACGUCGAUGAUGUUUUCAAAGAAACUUUAAAGCUAGUAAAACAUCUGGAAAAGUUCCAAAAACCACUAAAUCAAACGACCGAACAAAACUUAAUAGAGCCUAUUUUACGAGGCAUUGGCCAUGUAAAAACGAUUGAACGCGAUGCAAGAAAUCACGUUUUCCAAACUAUUUUAGUAAGCAGCAGUGUUAAAAUAUUUGAAUGGGUCAAUGAAUCUGACGAAGAAAAAUUUCUUAAAAUGCUAAAUAGAUUUAUUGUAUUUGAUAAACAAAAAGCCAUGUACGAAAUUGAAACUUUGGGAAGGACUCACGUAGAAUGGUUCAAGUGGUGGAACGAAACUUACGAAGAACUCUCAAUUUUUAUUUUAAACUUUUUUAAAAAUGGCAUAGUUUGGAGCGGUCAGGAACGUGAAUCUCUGAUGCAUGGAGGAGAUUCUUUUAUUAGUCACAUGAAUGAAGAACGUCGAGCUCCCUUAAGGCAAACAAAUCAUCAAUCACCAACUGCUGAAUAUUCACCAAAUAUUUACCAAUCAUCUUUAAUCACUCAUAGAAUUCAAGGGCGUACUUUACAGAACGUAUUUCAACAACAUUUUUUACAAACAGCAGAACGUCCUUUGAUUGACGAAUAUCCUGUUGCUGAAGGUUCACUAACUAGAGCAGGACAUCAACAAGUCCCAUCAGUUAGCAAGCUUUUACCAAUUACUGAAAACUCGACAACAACUACUGACCUUACACCAACAGUUUCUGUGUAUCCUAGAGUAUUUGAAGAGCACGAUAAUAAGUGGUUAAUCGAAAAUCAACAAAACAGUCACGGAAACUUAAUUGUGAAUUCAACAAAAGAUAUCGACAUUUCCAUUCGCAGCUGUAAAGGCAGCACUAUAGUGGCACAAAGCCAAAAGUCCAACAUUAUAAACCUGGACAAUUGUAAUCGAGUGACAAUAUUAUUUAGAAAUGCAUCAAAGUUAAAUAUUUUUAACAGUAAGGAUUGUAAUCUGCACUGUUUUGAAACAAUUCCGGAAGUGCUUUUGGAAUCCUGCGAGAAUUGUAGCGUUUAUCUUUCCGCUAAGUCUCUGGAUUGUUCUAUUAUAACAACUAAAUGUGCAAAUACUAAUGUGAGUUUCCCAUUCGAAGAUGGGUUGAGGAGCUUCAAAAUUGCUGAUCAUCUAAUAACAAAAAUUGUUCCACGGAAGGGAGUAGAAACAACCGUUCAACAAUAAUUUGUUUGUAUUUUUAUAUAGUUUUGAGUAAUAAAAUUUUUGUUUAUUAAAAAAUGUGGUAUUCAUUUUUGAAUUUUAGAUUUCUUUUCCAGCCAUCUACGCAUGGGUUCAUCUUCUACCUUACAGCAUGGAGUCAAUGCC